UUAUUGGAGCAGCUGUUAUCUCAUUUUAUAAUGAGAAGAUACAAAUCAAAAGCCUUGCAACCUGUAUUUGAACAGAAUAUUUGUAUACAUGUCAGUCUCUGAUAUUGUCAGAUAUGAAUUUGAUUUUUUGAGUGAUAACCAUCAGCACAAACCUGGAAUGCACUCAGUAGCCUUUAAAGGUCCCACCUGUUAUCUUAUCUUAUAUGGCUACUAUUUCCUUUAUGAAUCAAACAAAUUACCUACCUGACUGAUUACAUCAUAAACAAUAAUUCUGGACCAGACUGUGUUUUUAAUUUGCAUGAUCACACACAGAUGCAUUUGGAUUGUUCUCGUUUUUACCCUUAUUUCACAUCAUUAGUAUAUGAAGUGAAUAUUUAUGGACAGCUUGAUAGUGAGAACAUUGUGAGUAAAUGAUCAUUCCAAAGGCACCGGUUUCUGUAGAUACUUAGCCGGGCAUCACGAGAUCUUUUGCUCUGUUAGCGUAAAAUUAACCUCGGGUAAUUGCUCAACCUUUGCCCACUUUCAACCUUUGGUCCGUUCUACAGUAUUCACAGCCUCUUAACACCGAUAUUCUCUUCAGUGUAGCCUCUGGAACUGGUCCUGUAAAGACAAGUAACAAGAAAAGCAUGUGUGGGUGUUAAGAGUCAUCUGUCCGGUUGACCUCGCUGCCCCUGAACACGGAGCUGCCGCUUGCUUUACCCCUGACCGUCCAGUGAGGCUCACUCCACACCAUGUCUGCAGAGGUGGAGAACAGCGCGCCCGUCCCUGCCGAUCCCAGCACCGCAUCCCCGUCUACAGCCUCGGCCUCCAAUACCCCUCCCACGUCCCCUGCCACAUCCAAGGUCCCUUUCAAGAAAGAGAAGAAGAAAGUCCCAGAGAAGACAGAUGAGUACCUGGUGGGAAGGUUUCAAGGGGACGGCGUGAGGUACAAGGCCAAGCUGAUUGGCAUCGACGAUGUCCCGGAGGCCAGAGGAGACAAGAUGUGCCAGGACUCCAUGAUGAAACUUAAGGGUAUGGCAGUAGCUGCUCGGUCUCAAGGUAAACACAAACAGAGGAUCUGGGUCAACAUUUCCUUGUCGGGCAUCAAGAUCAUUGAUGAAAGAUCAGGAGUGAUUGAGCACGAACAUGUGGUGAACAAGAUCUCCUUCAUCGCCAGAGACGUAACAGAUAACAGGGCGUUUGGAUAUGUGUGCGGAGCAGAAGGGCAGCAUCAGUUCUUUGCCAUAAAGACUGCACAACAGGCGGAGCCCCUGGUGAUUGACCUGAAGGAUCUGUUCCAGGUCAUCUUUAACAUGAGGAAGAAAGAGGCAGAGGCCUCACAGAAGGUUGAAAAUGGCAGCACUGUAGUUGAGAAUGGAAGUGAUGCCUUGCUAAGUGUGGAUGCUGAAGUAAAAGCUGCCAAACCAGUGGAGCAGCUUGACCUUUUUGGAGCUAUGUCGACCCCUCCAGACAUCCAGGCUCCAAAUGGCUCUAAUGAUAUUCUUUUGCUGGACUUUUCUGCUGAAGUUGACAGCAAUCAGAAUUGCAUAAAGGGAGAUUUCUUUGUAACUUCCUGUGCCCCUGACCGAAGGGCAUCUCCCCAGACAGAGAACCCCUUUUCCUUAACAUUUGGCUACUUUCCAACUCCAGACACCGACCCUUUCAGAGAUGACCCCCUUUCUCGUUUGGCACCCGAUAAUUCACACGUCGCCCUCACCACCACUAAUCACCUAAACAACACUGCUGGCAACACCAGUAAGACAAUUAUUAACGGAGACUCUGAAUGUCUUAGUCAGCAGAUAAAUGGGUUGACUAGUGAAACCAUGAUCCUCGCUCUCAGUAAUGGACAAUGGCCACUAGGGGGCAAAAUAACUCAGGGCAACACAAUUACGUUGAUGGACGGGAAUGAAUCUGGACAAGUUCUCUCAUCCAAAAACCCGUUUUUUGACUCAUCUUUGCAAACUACCCCUGCCUCAAAUGGCAUAACUCACCAGCCACAACCCCCAGUGACCCAGAGCAAGGAUUCAGUAGUCAUAAAUCCCCCUCCGCAGAGCUCUAAGGCUGGACGAGGUCGAAGGAGUGUAAAGUCCAACACAGGUGACCUAUUUGGAGCAGAGCUGUUUGCUGCUCCUGGUAAUUCAGAAGGGUCAUCUGCUUCAGGUGACCUCUUCAACAGUACACCUGCCAUUUCCACUUCCUCCGCUAUGGCUGCUCUGGGGAAUCUUCAGUUAGGUCCUCCAGCUACCACAAGUAUUCCAACUACAGGCAUGUGGGGAGUCCCCACCGCUGCACCCUCCAUGUUCCCCAUGCCAGGAGUGACAGCUCCAGGCCCUGGGUUCAGCUUCUCACAGCCAUCUGCCUUUGGUGGUCUCCCAAUACCACCUACAGCCUGGGGCCAGCAGAUGCCACCUCAGAUUAGUGCGCCGCCUUUAUCUCCACCCCACAUCUUCUGCCAGCCUGCCCCUGCUGCACCAGCUGGCGCUAUGACCAAUCCUUUCCUGUCUGGGGCAUUCCCUGCAAUGGGUGACCAGCAAGGUCCAUCACGCCCCCCUCCUAGGCCACCUGGAAAGGAAGCUACUCCAAAGGUAGAGAACAAUGCCUUCACAGCUUUGGACCCCCUUGGAGAUAAAGAGAAGAAGACUGGAAAGGAUAUGUUCAAGGACUUCCAGCUUGCCAAACCCCCUGCCAUCCCAGCAAGGAAAGGGGAGCUUGGGUCUAACUCUGCUCCAGCGCCCAGCAGCAGUACAGCCGCAGCAUUUGAUCAGUACUUUUCCAAUAAAGUGGGCCUGGCUCAGGAUACUGCAGAUCAUGAUGACUUCGAUAUAAAUCAGAUGUCAGCAGUUACUAAUGAUGUUCCUAAAACUGCUCCAGCUGCUGCUCCAGCUCCUGCUAACCCUGGCCUCCUCGAUGCCACCUUCUCUCCAACUUCAAACAAUGAAGACAUGUUUGAUAAAGCAUUUGGGGCCCCAGAUUCCAGUCCUUUUGGAGUGCCACCUGUAGCUAUGCAGACGGCUGCCGUUGGUCAGACUUCUGGUUCAACAGAUGCUUUUGGGGAUCCUUUUGGAAAUCCCUUUGCUUGACCAUAACUUUGUCCAUAAUUGAAAUGGUGUAAAUGGAGCAAAUGGAGAUCUUCACAUCAAAUAACAUCGUUGGGACGAGCUGCUACGGCGUGCGCAAGACAAUCCAAAUAAUGAACUCUUCUAACUGUUGUCCCUGAACCACCGUUCUUUGUUCUGUCCAAUCAGUAGUUUCCUUAUUUCUAAAGACCAGUGAUCUAAGAAAUAAAUGUUGAAAAUCUGCUGAAGAAAGAAAUGUGGCAUGUGAGAUAAGGCAUAUCCAAAGAGGUUCACUGCUGAUGCUGUCUGUGUUAAUGAAAUAAAGUAAUUCAAUCAUAACGAUA